CACACUCAGCCUCUUCAAUUUGUGUCGGUCCCUCUCUCUCUUCACUUUCAUUCACUCCCUCGUCAUUACAAAGCAAAGCACAAGACCUCUCUCAUCAAUGGAGCGUUCCGCUUGGCCUAAGAACCUCUCCUCCAGCAGCAAGCGCGCGAUCCAGGAACUCUGUGGCCAAAAUCCCAAGAAGCUCAGAGAUGCCUUCGACGCUCACUCUCAAACUGGCGAUGACCCACGGCAGCCCUUGUUUGCGGGAGAUCUCAUCGUCAGCGUCCUCGGUUCGUUCAGCACCAACACCCAAUCCCUAUCGAAAGGGGCUGAGUCCUAUGAGGUUUCGCAGGUCCCGAGCAACGCCUGUGUCAUGUCCGAGGUCUCCAAAGGAAGUGAGAGCGUCAAGUCUCCGGUCCAGAGGCCUGCGGUAAAGAGCGCCAAGACCCGCGUCCGGAGACUCCAGAGGUCUCCGGUGGAGAUCGUCAAGCCCCCCGUCCAGAGGUCACCGUUAUCCAUCUUGUGUGAGCAGUCGCUACUGGAGGCUGCGACGGCGAUAUACGAGGGCAGAGUAGACGUGGCUUCGGAGAUCAUGAGACGCUUGUCUGCCGUGCCGAACCCCAUGAGUAAUUCAAAGCAGAAAUUGAUGGGAUACAUGUUGUCUGCGCUUAAAUCGCGCGUGAGCCCAGUCGAUUACCCCCCUCCCGUGGCGGAGUUGUUCACCGAGGAACAUGUAUGCUCGGCUCGGUCACUUUACGAACUGUCUCCUUGUUUCUGGCUCGGUUUCAUGGCUGCCAAUAACGCGAUUUUGGAAGCUGCAUCGGAGCAACCCUCCACUAACAGGCUCCAUGUAAUUGAUUUCGAUAUUGGUUGGGAAGGACAGUACAACAAUCUCCUUGACAGGCUGUCCAUGAGUCAGGCGGGCAAUCAAUUCACCCUCAAGAUCACGGCGCUCGCAGACAGCCUCCACCGUGAGAAGAGGCUGAGGAUGCUUUGGAAUGGACUGAGCGAUCUCGCGGCCCGUAGGGGAUUUAGGUUAGUAUUUAACAUCGUGAGGCAGAAGCUGAGCGAGUUGAGCCUCGGCUCGCUGGGCUGCGAGCCCGACGAGGUGCUGGCGGUGAACUUGGCGUUCAAGCUGCACAGAAUGCAGGACGAGAGCGUGUCCGUGGAGAACACGCGCGACGAGCUCCUCCGGCGCGUGAAGGGUCUGGCGCCGCGGGUGGUGACGCUGGUGGAGCAGGAGAUGAACGGGAACACGGUGCCAUUCACGAUGCGCGUGGGGGAGGCGCUGGCGUACUACGGGGCGCUGCUCGAGUCGAUCGAGUCUGGAGUGGUGCGUCGCCCGCUGGAGCGAGUGUGGGCGGAGGAGGGGCUGAGGCGAAAAUUGGGGAACUGGGUUGCUUGCGAAGGUAGGGACAGGGUUGAAAGAUGCGAGGUGUUCGGGGAGUGGAGGGCCCGCAUGGGGAUGGCUGGGUUCCAGUUGAAGCCACUGGGUCGACACGUGGCCGACUCAUUGACGGCGUCGUUCCACCGUUUGGAGUGGGCCUGUGACCCGAGAUUCACGGUGACAGAAGAGAAUGGUGUGGUUUGCUUCGGCUGGUGCGGCCGAACUCUCACCGUCGCAUCUGCUUGGCAUUAACCAAAUUGAUAUACAUAUGUGUAUGUUAUGUGCUAUGGAUGGCGAUGGCGAU